UAAUUUCAGAACUUUCCUCCACUUUGACUCAACGCAGACUUAAAUUGUUAUUUCAACCACAAGUUGUAUGUUUGAAAAGACCAUAACGCUGCUAGCUUGCUUAGGUGACAACAUUAUACCAGGAAGAUGUUCAACUUUUACACGCAUGCCCUAACGCCCAUGCAGGGUUCUCUUACCAAAAUCUGGUUAGCAGCACACUGGAAGCAGAAGAUCACCAAGGACCAUGUUUUUGAAUGCAAUUUAGAAAAAACAAUUGGAGAUAUCAUUUCUCCACAGAUGCAAAUUGGUUUGCGGACCUCUGGAUAUUUGCUUCUUGGUGUGGUUCGGAUCUUCUCCAGAAAAACUAAGUAUCUUCUAGCAGACUGCACCCUUGCCCUGGUUAAAAUUAAAGUGUCAUUUCGACCAGAUGAAACACAAUUACCUGUUGAAGAGCUUCAGGCAACAGUCCAAAAAAUCACCUUGACAGAAGAUUUUACUUCCUUCAAUGAUCAGCUUCUUCACCCAAAUGAUGUUCAUUUGGAUUUGAAUUACUUCUCACUUCACCAAAGUCGACCAGAGGAAAUUACUCUGAAAGAGGAUUUUGGAAAUUCCUUUCUGAGCUUGGCAGACAUUGGAGAUGAGUCCAAGUGUGUCCAGUAUAGUCAAAUUGAUAUCAGCUUCCAGAGUCUGGCUCAAAAUAACGACUCGUUUGGGGAUGAGGGUACUGGAAGGGAUUUACUCGACUUUCUGACAUGUGACAGUGAUUAUGGUCUGUUCACUGUCGUCAGCCCACAAGAGCUUUUUUUAAACAACAAUUCAGACAACACUUUGCUCAACAACCAGCAUGGUGCAUCCAGACUAGAUCCUGCAGAAGAAGAGUCCCUGAACCAGCUGAGCAAUGAGCAACUGACCUUUGCCCUUACGCCUGUGUUUGCCACUUCAAGCCCAAAGAAGAAGAGAAGGAGAAAGAGCAGGCUAAUUGUGGACCAGAUUACUAUUCUGACCAAUAUAGUGAUGCAGGAACAGCUCAGUGACUCCUCAGAUCUGAUUUCCCCCAUUGACAUGGCUCCUCCCACCAGAAAUAUCAUGCUGUGGAAAGAAAGCGGCGCUGCAGACAAACUGCUGGCUCAGCCGUGCACCAAUAUUAUAGCGCCACAGAUUAAAGAGAAUUUUAAAAACAUUGUUUACCUGUCUUUGCAUGACAAUGCAUCACAUGAGGUCAUGCGGCAGGAUGACGUUCACAGAAACACAUUGAACACUGAAAGGCUUGUGGAUUUAUCCAGGGAUCACAAAAAGCUCACAGACACCCUUUACUCGAGCGACAACCAAGCUGAUGUAGAGCUCACACAAGAUGAACACAUAUCGGACCUCCAUUAUCCAGAAAUUCUGUCAGAAGACUCCCUGUUUGUCCAUCCAUCUCAUGUGGAGCAGUACAGUCAGGCGCGAUCCACAAACUCACAGACACAGUCUUUGCUGGGCAGCCAAGACUUUGAGGCACAGAGGCUCAACAGACAAGCACAGAUGCUUCUAAAAUCAUUACAGCGCACCAGUGAAACUCAGUUCAGCCUGAAGGCCCUCUGUGCAGGAAGCACCCGCUCCCAGGCAACCGCUACCUUCUACUCUCUGCUGGUCCUGCAGAAACAACAGUCUGUGAACCUGCAGCAGAGCGCACCUUACGAGGACAUUCUUGUUACGCUGGGAUCUGCAUUUUUUCUUAGGUGAAGGGAAAGUCAACUUAUUCUUAAAUGGGUUUUAUUGGGUACAAGUAAGACUAGCAAGUUUGUGUUGCUUCACUUGUAGGGGAAAAUAUUUGUUUGUUAAUUACAUUUGCACGUUGUUUACUUUGAUUUAAAUGUACUGCCACAAAAUAAUUUGUUUUUAUUGUUAAAUUAUACUGGAAAAAUAGCACUGAGAUGUUAAUUGUUCCGUUCGAUUGUUGCAAAUGUCGCUUUGAAUAAGUGUGGCUGUAAAAGCCGAUUGAUUUUUACAAAUAAUUAAGUUAUUAGUCGUUGUUAGAAGCCAAGGUGUUAAAAUGUUUAAACAUGUAAUGGUUCUGACUGGAUGUAAAAAUCACUUCACGUGUACUAAAUAUUAACCUUAUUAAUAUAAUGUUAAUAAAAGAAAUGGAGGAAAAUGAAGACGCUUUUAUGUAGGUUUUUGAUGUUUGAGGGUCUGGCUUACAAUCUGUGGAUGGUAUUUAGGUCAGGGCACUCAAGAUCUUCAACACCCAACUCACUUAAGCAUAUCUUUUAGGAAUAUGACAAAGAAUAUUUGACUUACUUUUAAGACUUUAAUCACUGAAACCCUUUCAGGUCCUCGUACCUAUAACGUUCAAAACAUUGAAGGACUCCCCAAGGGUUAAGGGGAACAAUGCCUGAUAAUUAUGAGUCUGUCAGUCUUUUUCAGCCUUUAUGUAGGAGGGACUGAAUGUUGUCUUGCUU